AUGGCUUUUCGCUCCUUCUUCUUCUCAUUCCCUUCCAAAACCCUCAAAAACCCUAACCACAUCUUCUCCCUCCAAUUCUCAACCUCUUUUCUAGUCACCAAAACCCCCAAAAAACUCAAGAAAAAACACAAACCCAAAUCAAGCCCCCGAACCAAUCCAAUCCAAACCCAACCAAAUCGCAUAACCGAAUUCGAACGAAUCGUACAACGCGACACUCUCACCAGAUUCGUAACAAGAUCAAAGCAGUAUCUCUCCAAUCAACCCGAACACGUUCUCCAACUCGACGACGCCGGUAAACUCCACCGCGAACUCGGUUUCCCCCGCGGCCGGAAAGUUUCCAGAUCCAUCCAGCAACAUCCGCUUCUCUUCCAAACCUACCGCCACACCGAUAACAAAAUGUGGCUCGGAUUCACCGAUCUCAUGGAAGAACUCCUCGGUGAGGAACAGUCCGUUAUGGAAUCAAUGGAACUCGAUCGCGUCGAUAAGGUUCGUAAGCUUCUCAUGAUGUCAGCGAAUCACCGUAUUCCGCUUAGUAAAUUGCAUCACUGUAGAAUCUUAUUUGGUUUACCUGAUGAUUUUCGCGACCGCGUUGUGAAAUACCCUAACUAUUUCCGCGUUGUUGUAGAUAACAACAAUGACGGAAAGCAUGUUCUUGAGUUGGUUAAUUGGGAUCCGCUUUUGGCGGUGAGUGCGCUUGAAAGAGAGUUUAUUGUUAAUGAAGAAGCUGCUAAGAGGAAGUUUCAUUUUCCUGUGAAGCAUGGGAAGGAUUUGGAUUUGGAGUUGGAUGAUAAGAGGAAGCUGAAUUUGUUGAAUGCGCUUCCGUUGGUGUCUCCUUAUUCGGAUGGUUCGAAAUUGGAUGUGUGGACUUUGGAUGCUGAGAAAUAUAGAGUUGGAUUGAUUCAUGAGUUUUUGAAUUUGACGUUGGAGAAGAGAGCUUCGAUUCAUCAUCUUGUUGAGUUUAAGGAGGAGUUUAGUUUGACUAAGCAUACUUAUCAUAUGCUACUUAAGCAGCCGAGGGCGUUUUAUUUGGCGGGAACUGAGAUGAAUUGGGUUGUGUUUUUGAAAGAUGGUUAUGAUAGAAAUGGUGUUUUGAUUCAUAAGGAUCCUCAGGUGGUGUUCAAUGAGAAGCUUUAUAAGUAUGCUCAGAUACAGGAAAUGGAACCUGAUUCUGAAUCUUCUGAUGUUGGAUUGGAAAAUCAACAUAUCACUUGA